CUCUUCUUAUUCCUCGUGUCGUCCGUUGCCACUGGAGCUCCACCACCCCAGCCAAGCUUCGCCAGCAACUCCGUCAAGGCUGCUGCAUCGACCUGUUAGGACCAGAAAUCUGCGGCGCUCGUCCGCUCUUCACCAACAUCAUCAGGAAGCAUUGAAUGUGGGCGAGUCAUACAUCGUCGAGCUGAAGAAAAAUCUGGAAACGCGGCAAAGUGAACACGCCAAGGCUGAAUUAAGCCUAAAAUCAUCGUUGGAAGAUAUUGAGAAGAUUAGGGCCAAAUUCGAUGAAGAAAGAGCCGCCUUGGAAACUGAGAACUCUAAUCUUCUGAAGAGAGUAGAGGAUGCUGAGGCUCAGAUUAAACCGGUGACUGAAGAGUUAUCCGGCUUAAAGCAACAUGUCUCCCAAAUGACAGCCGCCAUCUUUGGCCCUAGAAGUGCUAGUCUUCAUCCAAAUAUGUUGUUAAAGCUGAAGGCGCUUUACUCACUGACUGAGAAAUUAUACGCUGGAACUCUGUGCAGCCUUGUGGCCUUAUCAAAUGGCAAAAAACCUCCAACCCUCAUCAAGACUGUCCUGGAUCAGCUUUCAACAGUGCCGGCUCAAAUUGAAGAACUUAAAUUAUCAGCCGCCUACGCAGGAGCCAUUGUUGCUCUAAGCCGGGUCAAAGCUUGGCAAUCGGAGCUAGACCCGGAAGAAAUGGCUACCGGGUGUCCAGAGUUCAAAGAUGAUGGGUCGAUCUUUGAAGAGGAGGACUUCAACAGAUGUGUCAGAGAGAUGCGACCUUGGCAUGUAAGCUUACCCAGGAGCUGGAUCUGAGCAAGUACUAGUCGGCUUAUGAUAGUAACAAUGCUAAGAUUAAGCCGCCAUCCCACGAUGUUGUAGACCUUACUCCCAAGGCGUAAGCAUAUCUUCGCUCCUGAUCUCGAGCUUUCUGUUAUACUUAACGAUGAAGCAACAUUUGAAGCUUUAACCGGCAUAGAAUGGACAUUGGCGAAUCUCCAGAUGGUUAUCGAGGAAGAACCGGCAUAGGAUGAUUUGGGGGCUUCAAGCUCAAGGCACCAUGAAGACAUAGACCCGUUCAGUUCUAACCCGGAUGGCACAGAGGCCAACUUAGAGGGGUGAAAAACACUUAAGCGAAAAACUCGCGGGCUCAGCUAUAGCUUUGUAAUAGGUAGCUGAAAAACAAUUAUGUGCUCUGCCAUGCCUUCGUGCAUGUUCUUACCAACUUAUGCUUCAACAGCUUUGAA